AUGCUGUUGCUAGCCCCCUCACCUGAGCAGCGCGGCCGCGGCCGCCUCCCACCCGCGGGCUCCCGGCGCCCGGCAGCCGGCUCCUGCGUCCGUCGGUCGGCGGCGAAGUCUGUCCGCGCGCGGAGAGCCCAGCGCCCCAGCGCGCGGCGGCCGCCGGGCCUGGGAGGGAAAAGGCGCGGAGGCGGGACGGCGGCUCCCUCCCACUCUGGAGGGAGCCCAGGAGGCGGCGGUGCUGAAGCGCGAGCCGAGAAGGAGGCAGAGCAGAGGACAGGCGGCAGGUCGCGAGCACGAGUGGGGUGGGGCGUGCCCACGGGCCCCCGCCCCCCUCGUCCCCUCGCCCAGCUCCGGAGCCGCAGCCCGGCCGGCGGGCCGGAGGUGGGCGCCGCGCCCCUCCCCGGGCGUUCUUCAGCCACCAGGCCUUCCAGGACAAGGGGGACAGGGACGCCCCCUGCAGCAGGAGCCGUCGGGGAGGCGGACCCGAGACAAGGCAGGCAACCCCACUGGAGCCAGGCGCAGGGUCUGGGACGCAGCUGGGAGCGCAGAGGGCUGGCUGGGCGCUGCGGAGAGCAGCAGGCUGGGCCCGGCCUCCUGGGUGACAGGCCCUGCGCCGCCGGCAAGAAGGACGGGAGACCAGCAGGGAAGAGACUGGACCUAGAGUAGAGGCCGCUGCCUGUCUCCCUUAUCUGAGCUGAGGGAACCAAGGAAUUUAGAGCAACGUUUCCCCCGUUGUAAGAAAGACUCUUGCUUUCCGGA